AUGGACAUAUCGCCGCCCACCCUCGAAAAACGGCGGGACUUUUUAACCCUGGAGACUUGCAGCCUGGCUUGGGUGACCAAGCGCACUAAGAAGGUCGGAGUCACUGGAAAGUACGGUACCCGUUACGGUGCUUCGCUCCGUAAGACCGUCAAGAAGAUGGAAAUCACCCAGCACUCGCGUUACGCUUGCCCCUCGUGCGGCAAGAACGCCGUCAAGCGUACCGCUGUUGGCAUCUGGAAGUGCAAGGGCUGCUCCAAGCAGUACGCCGGCGGUGCCUACACCCUCGGCACACCCGCUGCCGCCACUGUCCGCUCCACCAUCCGUCGUCUCCGUGAGGUCGUUGACGCUUAAGCGUUGAGGCUUGUCAUACAGCAUGUACAGUUGGACUGGAUAGGAUGUAUAGCAUUACCAGA